AUGAAAAGAUAUAUUCAACACAAGGAAAGUCUACCCGCGCAAGUGGGCAUAAAGCGAUACCGCACCACGGCAGCAGAGGGCGCCACCCUUGCAUCGUCCACCGCACAUGGAGGUGAUACGGCGGAACUGGUAGAUCGUGGUAUCGAGAGCGGAGUGUGCCACGAACAUGAAGAGUCAAAUGGGGGCAACGUACAGAGUGUGGAGAAAAGAACUCCCUCACUAGAGCCGACAUGCGCCGACAGUGACAGCAGCUCUGAAAACGAAGAUGAUUAUGACGAGUUAAAUAAGGAAAGAUUGCGGCUCGAGCAGAUGCAACGGGAUAAGAAACAAACUGAGGACAGAAAGGGCUCGAUCGGUGGGAGCGCCACUGGUACUUUCUCACCUCGGUCAGAGAAGAUGGGAAUUGCCGGAAACGGCAACAGUGCUGUGGGAGGGGUUUCCUCAUACAAUCAUGACGUUUUAUUCCGUGGUGGUAAGUGGAGGGAUAAGAAUCACGAACCUGCUGAGAGUGAAUCGAAGAAGAAGAAAAAGGAAAAGUGGGAGGCAGUUGUGAAUGACACGCAGCGUUCCGCUGCGUACCAGCACUUUAUGAAAAGUUACUUUAAGUGA